AUGAAUGCUUUGAGACGCCAGAUAUGUGUGAAUGCGCCUGUACAGCGAUGCUUCUCCACUUCGAGUCCACGGCACGCGACCUAUGGCUUCAUCGGGCUGGGUCAGAUGGGUAAACCAAANGGCUAUCGUAUGGCUCAAAAUCUACGAGCCAAGUUGCCCAGUUCCGAUAACCUGAUCAUCCACGAUGUAAACACCGAAGCAACGGCAAGAUUCGCAAAGGAGAACUCGAAUGUAGAAGUUGCAGAAGAUGUCAGAGACGUUGCUGAGAGAUCGACUGAUCAAGAAAUCCAGGAAACAAUCAUCACAGCACUCCCAGGACCAUCACAUGUCCAAAAUGUCUUCAAAUCAAUGCUCAAACCACCCACUCUGCUUCGCGACGGCGUGGACCAAGAACGCCUCUUCAUCGACUGCUCAACCAUCGACCCCCUCUCCUCCGCCCACGUCGCCGACGCCGCCCACUCCUCCGGCCAAGGCAAAUUCAUCGACGCCCCCAUGAGCGGCGGCAUCGUCGGCGCCGGGUCAGGAAAAUUAACGUUUAUGAUUGGCGCACCACCCGAACUGGUUUCUCGCGCAACAGAAGUGUUGAUGCUAAUGGGCAAACGCGUCAUCCAUCUCGGACCCCAAACCUCUGGUCUCAAAGGCAAACUCGCGAAUAACUAUUUGCUAGCACUGAACAACAUCGCCACGGCCGAAGCCAUGAAUAUGGGUGUCAAGUGGGGUUUAGAUGCUGCGGCACUGGCAGACAUGAUCAAUACCAGUACAGGCAAAUGCUGGCCCAGCGAAGUCAACAAUCCUGUUCCUGGGGUUAUGCCCGAUGCCCCUGCUAGCAAAGACUAUUCCGGCGGCUUUGGCACGGCAUUGAUGAAUAAGGAUUUGAAAUUGGCUAUGCAUGCUGCUCAACAGUUUGGUAUUGAACCGAGACUAGGUCCCAUGGCUGCGUCUAUCUACGCAGCCAUAGAGGGAAAUGACAAGUACAAGGGCAAAGACUUUUCGGUGGUAUACAAGUAUCUGCGCGGAGAGUAG